GCAAGUAUCGCCACCUUCAUCAGACCUCCCAAUAACCCCCCUCCCCUAGAGUCCACUUCAUCUACCCUUCUACUAGGCUUCACUUUGAUCAAAUGGCGAACAGAAGACAGACGAGGAAUCAAAUCAGGGGCCCACACUCUGCCCUUACGGACUUUCUGGCUUCCAACAACAUCUCUGCCGCUCAGAUCCAUCAAGACCAUCAACGGCGCCUGCAAGAAGCCGAGCGUCAGGCUGCCGUAGAAGAGGAAGGAGAUGUAACUGUGGGACAUGACGAGCAUCAUCAUGUUGGUGAGUUGCCGGAAGAGAGGAAGAAGCGCAAGCGAAAGGAGGCAGUCGCUCUUGCGAACAUCAAGCAAAGCAAGGAAUUUGCUCGUCGUAAAGCUCGGCGGACUGGUGAGUCUGACGAUGACGACGAAGCCAUUGCCCGAGAAAUGAUGCAUGAGAGAUCUCGGCCGUUGCCAGGUCAACUUGAGAAUUGUGAAGCUUGUGGUAAACGCUUCACAGUCACCUCCUACAGUAAAACUGGCUCCCAAGGGGCUCUUCUCUGUGCAAAGUGCUCAAAGGUGCUAGCAGAUGAUGAGAAAAAAUUGAAAGCUAAAAAGCGCGGGGCAAGGAGUGGUCGACGUCAGAAUCAAAGCAAUUUGCUCGAUGGGCUUAUCCAGCAGGGUGCUUUAAGUUUGGCCGAGAUGUGUACAAAGAGAGUCGCUGACAACAUUAACGACAUUGAAGAGUUCGGUGAUCUGCCCUCGCAACUACUCCAUCGCCUCAGCCAAAUAUUGUGCAAGAGGCGGGUUUUAACUCCAAGAACUCUUAAUCUGUUUCUGCGCCCAGGUAUAGAUUCUAUUGAUAUCUAUGAUGCAGCCAAGUUAGAAACAGAUGACUUCGAAAAAAUCUUCACUUUGAUGCCUAACUUAUCCUGCGUCAAUAUCAGGUUUGCUGGCCAGAUGAAAGACAAGGUAAUUGAAAGCAUGUUAGGCCGUAAUCUGAAAAUCAAGCGUUUGCAGCUGGAUGCUGCGAAUUUAGUGUCAGACACGUAUUGGCGACGGCUGUUCCAAAAUUUAGGGGUUCAACUGGAAAGCCUCAAAUUGUCCAACCUUGACUUCUCUCUGGAUGAUGAAUCUGUGGAGGUGUUGUGCAGAUGUUGUACAAACCUUCAGCGACUGAAAUUGAAACAGUGCUGGAAAGCCGGCAAUCAUUCGCUCCGGGCUAUUUCAAAUCUAUCGUCCUUGGAGCAUCUAUCUUUGAGCUUCGUUCAAGAGGUACAUACUGAGAUUCUUCUGGAAACAAUUUCUAGGGUUAGCCCAAAGCUGCAAACCCUGUCAUUGGAAGGUUUCUCAAAUGCCAAUGACCGUCUUCUGGAGGUUGUUCAUGACAACUGCCUCACUCUGAAGAAGCUACGAUUCUCUCACAAUGCUGCGUGUUCUGAUGCAGGCUUCGUCAGACUAUUCACAGACUGGGAGAACCCCCCAUUGGAAAUUGUGGAUCUAUCAUCUAUGCGAGACCUUGACAACACAAAUCCAGAAAGUCCUACCGAUGCAAUUGGCCUUGCAUCCCAAGGUCUUGUUGCUCUUAUGAAUCACUCGGGUUCCAGGGUACAGAAAUUGAACAUUUCAUCCUGUCGCCACGUGUCACACUCGGCAUUCGAGGAGGUAUUCUCGCAUGAAAAAACGUACCCUCACCUCAAGGAGCUGGAUGUCUCGUUCCAUACAGUUAUCGAUGAUUAUAUUGUGGGCCGAAUCUUUCGGUGUUGUCCUAAAAUUCGCAAGCUGGUCGCUUUUGCUUGUUUUAACUUGCGAGAUGUUCAAAUCCCCAUCGGGGUUGCUCUUAUUGGGAGUCUGAAGGCUCAGGAUCCCAUGAUUGUCCGAAGCGCUUAUUGAAUUUGCGAGCGGCAAAAAAAUUGCAAAGUUGCCUUAACCCACGUGUGGUAUGAAUGAUGACGGGAAACCCCUACUUUGUGGCCUAAUUUCAAGCGCCAUGUGCUCCGUCGCUCAUUAGGGCAACGUCUGCCUUCCAUUAUUUCCAUGCGUUCCUUGGUUGGGGCACCCUGGCGAGAAACACAGGCUGUGUCUCUAAUUUGCCUCGAAAUUCCCCAGAACUAAGAACUUAGCUCGUGCGUUCCAAGUAUAAUCGAGAUACCUAGUAAUUGCCUACGGUAACGUACGAAUUAAACUGGUGCCUUAAAGGCCUAGGUAGAGAUUGU